AUGAUCCCCUCAAGAACUUUCUUGCGCUCCCUGCCACGAGCUGCACGGUCCGCGAAGGGCCCACGGGCGAAGCAGGUUCGCCUCCAGUCCACGACCGCAUCCUCAUCGGGCAGCGGCAAUGCUCAGGCCGGCACGUCCCCGUUCGCAGCCGGUGUAGCUGGUGGCCUCACAGCUGGAGGGCUUCUCUACGGCGCGUACUAUUUCAGCCCUACAGGCAAGAUUGCAAGAUCAGUCAACAAGGCCACGAAAGAGACGAACAAGAAGUACAAUGAGGUUGCUCAAAAACUCCAGGAAAACACCCCCGAUGCCGACCAGACAGUCAACUACAUCAAGGACUUCUGCUACUCCUACGUCACCUGGAUCCCUGGUGGGCGCCAGUACGUCGACACCGCAUUCAACGAUCUUGAGAAGGUCAGGAAGAACAACAAGGAGGACGCAGACCGCAUCCUCAAUGAUGCAUAUAAGCACUUUCAGGAGAUUUCCAAGGCAGGCCUCAGCAUGGAGAGCCUCCGCCGGGUGUACGAAGCGCUAGCGGACCUUUCCGUCAAGCUUGCCGACCUCUCCACCGACGCAUUGGGCGACAUCCUUGACAACCACCCCCAGCUGAAGGACAAGUUCGGCGGAAGCAUUGAUCAGCUCAAACAGAUGGGCGAUCAGUACGGCCCAGAGGCGAAGAAGCAGGUGAACCAGACUUGGCGGGAGAUUCGGGACGUUGUGGCCGGCGGCUUCACAGCUUCCAACCUGGACAAGGCGCGCAAGCUCAUCGAGGACAAGGUCCAGCAGGUCCAGAAGCUGGGCGAUGAGGCUUGGAAGAAGGGAUUAGAGCAGGCCAAGCCUUACUUGGACAAGAACCCACAAGUCAAGGAGCUAGUGGAGAAGAACCAGGAUGCUCUGAAGAAGGGCAACGCGAAGGAGCUGUUUGAGAGGGCCAAGAACGCGGUUGAGUCGGGCAAGACAGGCGACCUCGAAGGUUACGUCAACCAGGCUGUGGAGAAAGCCAAGUCCAAGGGCUCCCAGGUUGCUGGAGGUACCGGUCUGGAGCAGUAUAUUGGCCAGAUUCCCAACGGCAGUGAAAUACUGUCCAAGCUUCAGCAGCUGAAGGAGGUUGCGGAGAAACACACGGAGGAGAGCGAGAAGUUGGUGAAAGAGACGACAGAAGAGCUGAAGAAAGUACUCGAGAACAAGUCCGAGAAGGCCGAGGGCAUUCUCAAGAAGGCGAAGGAGGAGUCCAAGUAG